ACGCCUAAAAUAUGUAUUAGCCAGCAUGAGGCUGUCACUUCUGCUUUUGGUAAUCCAGUCUUGGGCCCUUGUGGCCAGAGCCACUCCAGCCAAGCAUUGGCGCCGUGCUCCUGCCCAGGGGGUGUUCAAUGUGGAUGUCUAUGCCUACAACAAGCCCCGGAUGAACCUGGUGCGUCGCCAGGCCGGUGGAUCGUUGGAUGCCCCGCCCAUGGGUCACCUGCUCCAGCAGAUCUCCCAGCACAGCCGGCGAUCUGCUGACCCGAGGUCCCACUACAGGAACCUCGAUGGCGAUGUGAGCCAAAUGCGAGGCCAAACAAUCGAGGACCCGGCCAUAAACAUGCAAUUAAUGCCACUGCAAGUGAACUCCAGCCAGCACGCACAGGGCCAGAGCCAUUUAUACUCGAGCGAGUUCCAUGUGCAAAAUAUUGGGGCCAAGAAGAUAGUGCAAUUGAAUACCCUGAGCUCGGACCAUGACCGUAAACCAGUCGUAGAAGAAGUUGUGGCCGAGAAGCAGGAACAACAGCAGCAGCAACCAGAGCAGCCGCUGAAGGUGAAGCUGUCACUGCCCGAACUGCCAGAGCAGCAGGAGCAGGACACAAUCAAAAAACCAGAUACCACCCCCUUGACAAUCCCCGGAGCGGAAAACCCGACAAGUGUGAAGAAAACCAUGGCCCCGAGUGGGACAAUUAUCGAUAUGGCAGCGACAGGAAUGCAGGAGCUUGUCAACCAGUCGACAGGGCAGAAUGCCGAUGACACGAACACAAAGGCCUCGAACGUUAAAAAAAGGCCACAAGAAGCUAAAGUCCGGCCAGGACGACCGAAAACCAGGCGAAAGCAAACGGGAACGCAAACGCACACACCAACUGGAACGAGGACUUCUAAUGAAACUGAUACAAAGAUGACAGCAAGUCAAGCAUCGAAUACUGCAGUCACUCCAGCUCCUGUUCUAAGCCCCAUCCUGAAACCGAGUCCUGGUCCGGGGAGUGCCAGGCAGCCGAUGAAGGAAUUGGAAACACAAUCGCCGAAAAUCAGCACGCAUCGUCCUUUAGCCACCAAGAGCAAGAGCCAGAGCAAGGGUAAGGGCAAGAAUAAACGACGUCAGGGCGCGUCCCAAAGACGUCCUGCCAGCGGGGCAAUGGCGGAGGAAAUUGAAACUACGACAAAUUGGUGGCAGAUACUGCCGUAUGCGGAAAUUAGAAAAUUUUUGAAUACGAUUUAUGAUACCAUCGCCGACGAUGUUGACGACGAACGUGCCACGGAUGAUGUGUGA